AUGGAGAAUUCUAGAGUUCGUCAGCCCCAAGAACUCACUCCUGAACAGCUCAGUCAAGCACAAGCGCUUGCAAACAUCAAUUUGAUGAACUAUCAACAUCCGGACGAUGAUUUGAUUGAAAAUAUGCGCGAGAAGCAUAACUUUCUCCCGAGCCAAGCAGCACAGCACUCUGCACCAUCUACAUCGCCCAAAUCUUCGACGUUAUUGUCUUCGCAGAUGGACGAGUCCGCUGGCGACUUAUCCAUAGCACAGCCCGGCCCAUCGAACAUACGUCCCAUCAUCCCACAGUCUUCUCAAAGUUUGCAACCUCUGCCAGACUGCGAGGAGUGGGAACACCUCGCGAAGCAGGACAUUAUUCGCAAAGCAUUAAGUUUGGACAAGGUCUGGGACCGCAAGACGUGGAGGCAGAAAGCCAGCAACUUCCAGAGACUGAAGCUGCUAAAAGACGACGGGUACGACAUUGCGCCUCUAUUGCACACGAAGGGCAAGAAGAUAUCCGCUGACACGAUCAUAACUGCCCUAAUAGAUCACAUCAAGAUGCGAAAGAUGGAUAAAGUCAACCUUGAGUCUGACGUGGUCGCUCAAGCCACUCCAUUGUCUUCAGCUACUGGUGAAGAAGCAUCGGAAUCAGCUCAAGGGGACAGCCUUGGUAAUCAUGCGACUUCUAUUGCCGCGAGUGGAGAACGCGGGAUGUCUGAAGAGAGAUCUAAGAUAGCUCUGGAGGCUCUGCUAUCCAGGGUAGUACCACAAGAGGUUCCAGAAGCUGAGCGUAUUAAGAUGGAGCGAUGGCUGUGGGUCACGGCGCCGCUCAUAGGCACAAAGCGUAAACACUCUCAUGAUGAUGACUACCAGCCUGAUUGGUCCGAACUGAGCCCACAGAAGGCACUUCACAACUCCUAUAACGAAGCAAAGGCCAAGGAUCUUAUCGAACGACCGUGCACAUGCUGCAAUCAUGAUAGAGUCAUACGGGUGAUGACACGGGAAGAAGUUAGGGAGGCCUUUGAAGAGCAAGCUUUCGACAUAGUAAAGCGGCGAAUCUGUCGUGACAUCUUUCGAGGCUCUAGAGCGGCGAGAAGGCUCCGCCGUUUUCAAGCGUCAGCCUCAUCCAGCCAAUAUUUUGCACCAUCGGAGCCUUCUCGCAUCGUUCUUCAAACGCCGGCGUUUCCCGCUAUUUCACCGUCUGGCCUCGACAAAUGCAUCAGCGCCAACGGCAUGCAUCUAAUCAUGAAAGAGCUCAAGUACCUCGCAUAUGGCUGCAACGAGGAUAGUAGCAUGUGCUUCAAAGAUCCGGAGGAGGCUGAAGAUGGAGAGAGCGAAAGACUGAUGUUAGCAGGCGAAACUGGAGAAGAACACUUCCAGUAUCACAUCCGUCUUUAUACCACUCCAAAGCUUCAGAUGAUCGUCGAAGGAGAGACAAUGGCACUGAUUGGUCUGGUGAAGCACCUUCGUAAGAGCGAACUCAGACACUGUCGCAAUUGGCAAUACGAUGUGGAUCAGAUGGAGGUGAUUGCAAUGGAAACUGUACCCUGGUAUUUGAGCGAUGCAACCCGAUCUGUCUUGAAGGACCUGGAAAGGCUGUUAGAGGCGGAACAGACUGUUAGAAGUGUAGAGGUUCGUCUUGGACCCCCGAGCAAUCCGGAGAAGGCCAGGUCAGAUUAA